AUGGCGACAUUAUCUGGAGUUUAUAAGUACGCAUCCGAGGAAUUCCGUGUGACGGACGACAUGAAGAAGUGCUUCGACGAUCUAGGAUACAUCUUAGUUCGAGGAUUGUUUGAUAGUCAUGAGAUGGCUAAAGUGAGAAAGGUGUUCGAGGAAACAAACCUCAUAAAAGAACAUGGAUGGGGAGUAAAUGACGGAUCUGGCAAAAUAACAAAACUAGUAGUCUGGAAUAGUCCUGGAAAUGACAUAUCUGGAAUGAUGGCACGAUGUGAAAAAGUCGUAAAUACUUCUGAAGACUUGUUGAGAGGAGAGGUCUACCACUACCAUGGAAAUCUAACUUAUAAGGAUCCUUUUUCAGGAGGGUCGUUCUUGUGGCACCAGGAUUACGGAUAUUGGUAUAAAAAUACUUGUUUGUUUCCCGACAUGUUGACGGUUUUCGUGCCAAUUGAUAAAUGCACUAAAUCAAACGGAUGCUUGCAGAUAUUACCUGGUUCUCAUAAAUGCGGCAGGAUAGAUCACGACAUGAACACAGGUCAAACCGCGGCCAAUGUGGACCGCGUUGAAGCCAUAAAGAAAAGGUGUCCGCCUGCUUUUGUGGAGAUGGACGCAGGUGAUGCUUUGUUCUUCCACUGUAACCUGCUUCACUGUAGUUCCGCUAACGAGAGUCCUGACAGGAGGUGGGCCUACUUGAUAGCUUACAACACCAAGGUCAACAACCCAAUAGUUCCCCACCAUCAUGCCCAAUAUUCACCUAUCCAAAAGGUUCCUAACAGUGCUGUGGCGGAAUGUACAAAUUACAGUGACUUCACUGACAAAGAUUUCAUGGAAGUCGGCUCGUCUAAAACAACCCGAAUUUCAUUUGUUGAGAACCAAGUUAAAAGAACCAAGUGA